AUGUCGGGUUUUGCAAAGGCUCAGGUCUCUGGUGGGAGGCCGCCGCGGAAGGAUAUCCUUGCCUCGCUGAAAAUGGCGCAGCUGGAGAUUUCUAAACCAGCCCUCCCUGUUGAAAUAUUAGCCUCCAUCCUAGAUUACCUUUCACCCACCGACCUUAUCAGAGUUGCCAGAGCUUCAAGGUUAAUGCGAGAGAUGGUGUACGAAGAUUCAAGAUGGGUACAAAGACUGAAGCGGAUUGGCUGUUGGGAUGAAUUGGAGGCAAGGAAGUUGGCAGAGCAGUCGAAUCCGUAUCUCCAUGGUCAGCUCUCUAUGGCUGUGCCGACUGUACACGUCCAGGCUCCACUGUCUAGUACACCUCUUAAAGAGGACACGGCGGGAGGGAUUGUAAUUACCAAUACGACGAAAACCAGACCGAGCGCCUUUAGUAGUGUUGAGCACAUUACGGAACCGGGAUCAAAUAAAUUUAUCGACCCGAAGGGGUCGGCCGCUUUAUCCGUUUUGUCCCGUGUUCGAUCUAUACGUGGGAAGGCGAGAGAGGAAUACGGAAAGAUCCAUGCAGUGCUUUAUCCCUUCUAUAACGAUAUUGACAAAACGGGAGGCUCGAUGGAUAGUAUGGUUUUCCGGGUGUACGAUACGCCUGAAGACCAAGCUCAGAUGCUGUCUUCACUGCAUGCCUUCGCGAAAUGCGAUACUGCCAUUAGCGGGGAGGCGAGACAAGAUAAAGUCUCUCGUGCUGUAUCUCUUUUUGAAAUGGCUGCACUGCGGGAAUUUGAAAGUGGUUACGAACAGGGAGAUAUCGAUGGCCAAAUGCGAAAAUAUGCACGUGUACUGACCACGCUGAAUGGUGGCGGUGCCGCUAUGGAUUAUUUCUUUGAACACAAUCACCUUUUUGCACGGAAGCGCGAUUUUGGAAGCCCGUCAGAUUGUGUCGACAAUGACACUAAUGCUGUGAAGUUGGGCCAUUCGCAGGCAUUCCUCACUCGCCUAAAUGUUGCGUAUAACGAGGAACUUGCUAUUAUAGAUAUGUGUUUUUCUACGCCUACAAAGGUUUCAACACUAUUUUUAGAUAAGGUCGAGAAGGAUAUAUUGACUCCUUACUUUACUGCCCUUUUUACCGACCUCCGCUCCCGGAACGUUGAGUCGUACCUUAGGGCUGUUUCAGGAACGUUUGUGCAGACAUUGCAUUUCACCCAGGAAUUGCGCAAACCGGUUCAAAAUUCUGGCGACGACUUUGUCGAGGCGGCGAAUAGAAUCGUUAAAACUAUAUUUGAGCCUUGCCUUGAUCAGUAUCUCACGGACGAACUCAAUCACUUCCGCAAGCAUUGUGAAGUUGUCGUGUCGGAAUGGGAUAGACAACUUUCGGAGCAAGCAGCAUCCACGGAAUCCUUCUACAUGUCCAAUGUCAACCGACAAGCUGAUAAAAAAGACUUUCUCACUUCGUUUAAAAAGGUACUUAUGGCUCCUGUAAACAUUCUACCCAAUUUCUCUUCUAUGAUGUCCAAUGACUCAAAAGCGGACAACGCGGAGAAAGAUGCACAACUGCAUGAUCCAACAUAUAUCCCAAACCCCAAGUUUGCAACACCCGUGUCAAUUCCAUCCACGCCCUCGGCACCGUCAAAUGACCUUCCCACAACGGAACUUGCUGCGAAAGCUGCAAUCUUGAACUCAAGACUCGAGGGAAUACGCUCCUUGUUCAGCAUCGAAGUAGCCCUCGAUUUAGUCCACGUUGCCAAAGUUAGUCUAGAAAGAGCUGCCCAGUUCCUAAAACUGGGAGGCAAAUCCGGGAAUGAUGCGAAAUUGCAAUGCGAGUCUAUUUUCGUCUCCCUUUUGCACAUCCUCGGCCAUCGGCAUGUCAUUGCAGGUUUCGAUAAAGCCGUCGACCACCUUUCUCAAUAUCGUCCUCGAUACGAGGAGAAGCAUGACGGCAAGGGCGUGGAGCCAUUAGUCACCUUCCUGGAACUGGUCAAUGUCGGCGAUCUGAUUCUCCAGAUGAUGGACGUCUUCUACGAGCAGGAGCUUGUUGCAGCGAAACUGACGGAUCGGAGCGACUUCCUUGAUCCAGCAGUGAAGGAGAAGAAAAAAUUCGAGCAGAUGCUGGAUGAGCGGGUUGCGGCGGGUCUUAACAAGGGGAUAGACGUGCUUAUGGACGAAGUUGAUUACCUACUGGCGACGAAGCAGCCUGCGACUGAUUUUAACCCGGAGGCAGGCCCUACCCGUCGGAAUACGAGUGAUGUUGGGCCAAGCGAGGCGGCGAAGGCGGUUGUGGAAGUUAUUUCGUCGCAUACGCGCAUGCUUGUGGGGAGCACAGACAAGAGUACACUUGAGGUGUUUAAUCAGGAGAUCGGCCUUCGGCUUUUUGCGUCGCUGUGCAAACAUCUAAAAAUGCAGCGUAUUGCGGUAGAGGGAUCCAUUAAACUUAUCAGCUUACUCUCUACAUUUUUCUUGAGCAAUAGCGACAUGAACCAUUACUUCAACCUCAUCAAAACUAUGAAAAACGAUCAGUUGCUCCAGUACUUUAUUGCCCUCCGGGAACUUUCACAGGUCUACCUUAUUGACCCGUCUGAUUCCAAGGAGAUGGCCACUAUCAUCGCUGAUGGUGACCGGUUUCAGGGCAUCUUUCGCGCUGAGGAGGUAUAUGAAUUUGCCACCAGACGCGCGGAUUGGUAUCAGGUUAAAAAAAGUGUAGAAGGGGCUAUGUUUGGUAUUGGAUGCUUCGUGAUGUGA